CGUUGGCGUUUGAAAUCAGCCAAUGACAGGCUUUGGCUGGAGCUUUGUCUCCGCCUACUUCGCUUGACGCGCGAGAGCGGCGGAGGGAAGCGAGGCGGCGGUGAGCGGCGGCGGGCGCGGCGGCUGAGUUGCUUCUGAACGGAGCCCGAGAUGACCGGUUCUAACGAGUUCAAACUGAACCAACCCCCCGAGGACGGCAUCUCCUCGGUGAAGUUCAGCCCCAACACAUCGCAGUUCCUGCUGGUCUCCUCCUGGGACACGUCCGUGCGCCUCUACGAUGUGCCGGCCAACUCCAUGCGGCUCAAGUACCAGCACACCGGCGCCGUCCUGGACUGCGCCUUCUACGAUCCAACACAUGCCUGGAGUGGGGGAUUAGACCAUCAAUUGAAAAUGCAUGAUUUGAACACUGAUCAAGAAAAUCUUGUUGGAACCCAUGAUGCCCCUAUCAGAUGUGUUGAAUACUGUCCAGAAGUGAAUGUGAUGGUUACUGGAAGCUGGGAUCAGACGGUUAAAUUGUGGGAUCCCAGAACCCCUUGUAAUGCUGGGACCUUCUCUCAGCCUGAAAAGGUGUAUACCCUGUCGGUGUCGGGAGACCGGCUGAUCGUGGGCACCGCGGGCCGCAGAGUGCUGGUGUGGGACUUGCGGAACAUGGGCUACGUGCAGCAGCGCCGCGAGUCCAGCCUCAAGUACCAGACGCGCUGCAUCCGUGCGUUCCCCAACAAGCAGGGUUAUGUAUUAAGUUCUAUCGAAGGUCGAGUGGCAGUUGAGUACUUGGACCCAAGCCCCGAGGUGCAGAAGAAGAAGUAUGCCUUCAAGUGUCACAGACUCAAAGAAAACAAUAUUGAGCAGAUUUACCCAGUCAACGCCAUUUCCUUUCACAACAUCCACAAUACUUUUGCCACAGGUGGUUCUGAUGGAUUUGUAAAUAUUUGGGAUCCAUUUAACAAAAAGCGACUGUGCCAGUUCCAUCGGUACCCCACCAGCAUCGCCUCACUCGCCUUCAGUAAUGAUGGGACCACGCUUGCAAUAGCAUCGUCGUAUAUGUAUGAAAUGGAUGACACGGAACAUCCCGAAGAUGGUAUCUUCAUUCGCCAAGUGACAGAUGCAGAAACAAAACCCAAGGUAUGAGUUCUUUAAACCCAGAUGUAACCCUUGAUGGAAGUUUUUCUUACUGUGUUUGAGGAUUUAAUGAUGGAAGCCAUGGGCACACUCCUUGCCGCCGUUUGAAGAAGCGUGAAGAAUAUUGAAGUUGAUCCAUUGGGAAGUCAUGCCCAAUUGUUCCCAACUAUUCCCUCAAUUUAUCUUCAACUGUACUCUUCCCUCCUCCCUGCUUUUUCCUUCUCUUUCUCUCUCACACGCAAAAUCCUUUUGAUGUCUUACUCCAAAAGGCCGGUUUCCAUCUCCUGCAAGGCCCCUUCCUGCAGUCCCUGUAUCACGCUAGCCUCACCUCUUCCUGUAUUCCCCAGGGCAUGCUUCCCUGUACCUCAGCUACAGCACUAUCAAAGCCCCAGUUAUUCCUGUUUUCAGAAUAAAUCUUUUUCAUGAGUA